AUGGCAUAGCUUCUUUAUUUUUCAUUUCAAGAACAGAUCCGAUAUGUUUGGUGUUCUGAAAAUUCGACAAAAUGGGUAAAUUACAUUUUGGAGUAUAAAUAUUGGUUCAAAAUAGAUUUUUUACUUUAAUGAAAUAUGCAGAAAAUACAAGCUUCACUAUAUAUUUAAUUGUGUUUUACAUAUGUGUCGCAAUAGUUUAGAUUACAGUCAUUUUGAUUGUCCUUUUAGCAGUUUUGGAAUAUAAUCACACAGCGACAUCGAUUCCAUAUCAAAUAUUAAGAGUAACUUUGGCAAUACUAAUGACAAUAGGAUUUGAACCAAUCUCAAGGAUUUUAGUUGGCGUAAUUAAUUAACUAAACAAUAGUAUUUAUCAUGUGAAUCAGAUGAUCGCGGCAUUCUCAUGAUGAGAUAUAUUUCAAAUUAAUAGUGUUGGGUGAGUGAGUAUGAAUUGCAUGCAGUAAUUGCAAUUCUUACAUUCGUAGAAUAUUUGGUUAUGGUGAUAAUAUUUGCCUAGAUAUGCAUAGAGUCCAAAGAAGUUGAAUAGAAUACACUAGCAUAAAAGCAAGGCCAAACAAUGCUCUAUUAUUAUCUGUUUAUAAUAGUCUCCUUGGUCGCAUAUUCAACUUUGCAGCAACCCAAAUUUACUGUAAUAGUGAUCUUAGUUUAAUUGGCUACUUCAUAUGUAUUCUUCUAUAAACUUAACAAUCAUGGUCCCUUUUACAAUUCGAAAAUAUAAAAGAUUUGGUCAAUAACAGCUGGGAUUAAUUUUUGGACUUAGUUUAUGUUGUUGUAUGCUUACAUUUUGGAAGGAUAAUUUAUAUCGAAGACUUUCACAAUUUGGCUAUUUGGUGUUCCCUUUAUAUUUGCAAUUUUGGCAAUGAGGGAGUUAAGUUAUGUAGAUUUGGUAACUGCAUGUAUGAAAUCAACAGAAAAUGGUUUGGAAACUGUUUAAAUUUGCACAUACAUUUUAGCAUUGAACACUCAAAGUGAAACUAAUUAAAAAUCAUAGAUUCUGUUGGCAGGUUUCAUUGAAUUUCAUAAAUAAUCUUGCAGUAAACCUGAUUGUGUUUUAUUAUCGAAUCAUAAGAAGAAAAACAAAAGUGUGAAUGUAUUUAAAGAUAGGAAGUAGCAGAUAAUUUAACUGGUCAAUUAAAGUUAUUUGGAUGGUUUGGAACUAUUCCCAGAAUGUGCAGAUCUUAAAAUAUCCUAUGCGUAUUUUCUAUUGGAUAAAAUGUAUCUUAAGCAAUAGGCACUUAAUCAACUAAAUUUGGCAGAAAGUUGCGAUCCAAGUUUUGAUCAAUAAUUCUUCAUUUAUAGAUACAAGAGAAUCAUAGAAGAGGAGAUUUAGAAGCAAUAAUAAUAACAUAACAAUAACAAUAACAAUAAGAAGGUUGAUAUAAUCACUGAGAAAACUUUAAAAGCUGAAAUCAAAAGUCUUCAUUACUUAAUUGAAGAUUCAUGUAUGGAAUAUUUAUACUUUUGGUCUCAAUUGCAAGAAGAAGUUCCAAAUCUCAGAGUGUUACAUGAACAUGGAUAGAAAAUAAUAAAGUCAGUGGACAAAGUAGAACAGUAAUGGAAUAAAAUCUUAGAGAUCGACUCCUAUGAGAUUAACACAUAUAGACUAUUGAGUAAAUAUUACGAAAUGAUUGUGCAUGAUGAGUAAAUUGCUUUGGAUCUGUUGCUGCAAAUGAUUAAGAAAUAAAAGUACAAUACAAAAGGAAAUGAAUUCUUUGAAGAUCUCUCCAGUAAUGGAGAUCCUCUAAUUGUGAUGUAAGUAUCUGUAGGACAUCCAACUGUUAUUUUGAAUGUGAACAAAGCAGCAUAUAGUUUGUUGGGUUUCUCAAAAACUGAUUUAAUCAAUCGAAAUAUUGAUGUUAUACUACCAUCCAUGUAAAAUUAAAUAAUCUAAUUAUUAGUUAUGUAGAUUACCAUAUUUAAUUGGUUGAUUUCAUCUUUGAAAAACAGACUGGAGAUGUCAAUUAGGUCGAUAAAUUCGAAGAGAGACUUAUGAUGCUCAAAAAUAAGUAGAACUUUAUCAUCCCUUGUUAUUCCCAAUCCUAAAUCAUGAAUACUGUCAAUGGAUAUAUCAUGACAAGUAGAUUGAGACAGGAUGUUCAUUAUAAACCAAAGUGCUAUAUUUUAACUGAUAUUCAUGGAAAAAUCUUGAAUGUUUCAUCUUCAUGCCUUCAAAUUUUGAAAUGGGAUUAGAAAUUCCUCCAUUUGAAUGAUUUCAACGUUUAGAAAUUCUUUCCUGAAUUAUUAUUGAAUAGGGAAGACUAUAUAAGCAAACCAACACUUAUAAACUAUUAAUUCCUGUGCUCUUCCUCAAGAGGAUCCUUAUCAAAAGACGAUUCGAUUGAUGGAGUUGAAGAUAAAACCUUUAAUUGUUCUCUCUUCCUUAUCGAAACACCCUAUGCUAAUCAAAACGAUGAUUUAUAUCAGAUAUAUGGCUAUGUGGUUAAAUUGGAAUAAUACAAUACUGAAAUAAUCCAAUAUCCUUUAUUACUUAAAAAUAGGAAACUAUCUAAAGUAUUUAAAUUCUAUGUUGCUUCAAAAACCUAUUAAUGUAAUCAUUUCAUAUCUAUUUUUAGUGGAAAAUGCUGAUCCUGAUCACACAAAUAAUGACUCUUUGAUUGACAAAAGUAUUAUUUGGGAAGAACCUUAAAAAUUAUACCUAUUCAGCCAACACAGUAAUACGAGCAGUAAGAAGGUGUAUUCCUAAUCCAAGCAUUCCUUAGUAAAACAGAGAGUAUACGGGGCUGAUAUUAAGACUAUGAGAUAUUUUGACAAUAAGAUUAUUGAAAUAGAAGAGGAAUCUAUGGAUGAGAGUGAGUUUUCUGAGAAAAAAUAAAAUAAAUUAAAUGGAGAUGAUGAAAACGAAUUGGAUAAAUAGACUAAAAUUGAAUAGAGAAGUUUGUAAAUUACUUCCAGGACUGGAUUAAUCAAAGUAAUCAGCAAUUCUAAACUACCUUUAAUUAUGUUAAAAUUAGGAAUCUGUAUCAGUUUAUUAUUCUUAACUGUUCUAGUAAUAUCCAUUGCUAUGUUUAUAUUGCUUAAUCAAACCUAAGGAAAUAUCGUUCAAGCCUUAAAGUUAUUAAUUGCUAACAAUCUCAGAUUAUGCAGUUUCAUCAAAAUGCAAUCCAACCUUUAAGAUCUUAAGUUUACCAAUUUUGAGAUAGUCCCUUAUACUUAAUCAACUGUAAAUGAUAAUUUUGAGAACAUUAACAGAUAAGAACUUGCGACAGAAUUAAAUUACACCAUGGAUUAUUAAACAACCUUAUAGGGCGAAGAAAUUAAUCUGAUUGGAGAAUACGAGUAAUAUCAGAAUGCUUUCAAAAAUUCAAGGAUUACUAUGAAGUAAGUUACUGGAGAGACCCAGAGUUUCUUAUUUGAAGAGGUGAUUUAAUAACUAAUAUCUAAAGCAAUUUCAUUAAACUCAAGCAGUUUAACGAGUUUUAAUGACUAGAAUGAAGAUUAUUAUUAUUUCAAUGAGAACCUCUUUAAUUCAGUUCUAUUGAAUCAGCAUAUGGCUCAAGAUUAUUACUAUUACAAUAUCAUAUAUUAGACUGAUCUAUUAGAUCAACAAUAAGUCUAUUUCUCAUUAACACAAUUGUUUGUGACUUUGUUCACAUACUGUAUCAUUUAGAUAUUCUUGAAUAAACAUUAGAAAUAUUUAAGAGAGAUCUUAUCUUUAUUUAUGGAAUUAGAUGAAAAGACAGUUAAGAGGUUUGUAAAGAAUGCUUAAGAAUUUUUAAGUGCUUUGCGUUUGGCUGAGGAUAGAUAAUUGGAUGAGAUAGAGGAAGAAUAAGAAGUCGAGGAAGAUCAUUUCGAUAUGUCUUCUUUUAAUAAAAAGAAGAAGAAGAAACAGAACUUUUCAACUAAAGAAGUUAAGAAGAACAUCAUUUAUGUGUCCAUGGUUUUGAUAUGCUACGCUUUCUUUUUUUCUUAUAUUUUCAUUUCCACAAAUGUAAAUAAUUAAUCAUAAUUUAACUUAGACAAUAAUAUCGUAGACUGAGUAAUUGGCUCCUUUGUUGAACAUCACAUCCAUAGCAGCUUCCUAAUAUAGUUUAAUUGACAACAUAAUGAGAGAAGCCUUUUGGAACCAAUCCAAAGUUAUUUUGAAUUUGAAUGCUUUCACAGCCUUAUCAUAUAUGUAGAAUGUACUCUAUGAGAUGGAUGCCGAAUCUCAUCAAUUGAAUCAGUAGAACUCGGAUGUUUUGGAUGAAGUUUAUAAGGUGGCUUUCAAUCAGAUUUAUAUUCUGAAUCCGUGUUUGAUAAUAGAUGAAUCUUAUGAUGAAUCAAGUGUUUGCUCGUAGUUUGAUGAUGGCAUUCUAUUAUAGGGACUAUCGUUGGGAGUGACCAAAUUCUUAGAGACCAUUAAAUAUUUUUUAUCUCUCUACAAAGCUUAUUUGCCAUAGUAUGAGUACACAUCUUUAACUUACAAUCUAUCGACAGACCCCUAAUUAAAUUAUACUUAUAAUCUACUCAACUAGGACGGCCUAAAUUCAAAUAGAAUCUUUUCAAAGGUGUACAUGAAGCAGCUGCAGAUUUAUCUGACUAAUAUAUUGCAAAGUUCAUUGAAUAGCCAUUUCGAAGACUUACAAUUACAGUUUAUUUCAACAUUUCUUAGCUUCUUAUUGUUAUCUAUAGUCUUGUACUUUCUGAUGUGGAUUCCUCGACUCUAAAAGAACCAAAAAGAAAUAUAUCAGAAUAGGUUAAUGCUAGCAUUCAUUCCAGUAAAGAAAUUAGAUCAGAUAGAGCCAAUAAAAAAUUAUAUCAAAAAAUAUCAACAACAAGAAUGA